UGGUGUUUAUCGCUUUUGUUUUAAUUAAUGUAAAUUAUUUAUUGAUAUUAUUUUAAAUUGCAGUUUAUAUCUUGGAUCACAUAUGAUGACAUCGUUCUUUAGAUUCUUGGGAUGGUUUAGCCUAGUAUCAAUCAUAACGAUUGCUCUACUUGGUUUUGAGCUGUAUCUUACUUUGCUUAUAUUUUUGGUUUCAUUUCUAUUUGGUGCUUUGACAAUAUUGUAUUUGAGUUAUGACAACAAGAAAGUGUUCUCUGCUGAUAUUGAUUGUUUGGACGAUCCUUUGCAACAAACAAGUUUCUCCAUACAAUCUUCUAAGGUCUUAGAGCUAUUCCAGGAUGAAAACCCUUUGCCUAAAUUUGAUAGUCGCAUAACAGGAAGUGAAACUGUCGAUUCAUUUCUAAAUGAAAUUGUAUCGAUUAUAAUUAAUGAUUAUGUAACUCCUUGGUAUGAACUCAUUACUGAUGAUCAAGAAUUCACGUCACAUGGAAUAAGAAAGCUUGUGGUGGCUGCUGGAGCAAAUGUUUCAAAUCGAGUGAAAAGUGUCGAUUGGAUUCAUAUGCUGUCUACAAGAUUUCCUGAAGAGUUAACACUGCACUUAAAAUUAUAUAAGCAAUCGAGAGUAAGGUUGAAACAUGUGCAAUUGGUAAAUGCUAAAGAGGUCAAUGGUACCUCAAAGUUAAGCCCCAAAAAACAGGAUGAGAAGAAAACUCAUAGAAGAAACAAAAGUGAAACUGAUUUGUCAUGGCCACCAGAUACACAAACUUUUGGCAAAUCUAAAUUCUACAGCAGUUCUGAGAACAUAAGUAGCAACAACAUAACGGAUCUCUUCUUCGAUUUGGAAUGUAUAAUGGAAAAUAAACAAAUAUGUCGGGAUAUAUAUUGUAGUGAUUCCGAGAAAGAAAAUGCGUUGCUCUGUGAGGUAUCGGAAGCGAUAUUAUACUUAAUUGCACCAGAGGAGGCAUGGAAAUGUCAUGCUUUAAAAUUAAUUUUAAUAGAUUUGAUAUCAGCAAUUGUUUUGAGGCCAUUAAUAAACCUUUUAAGUGAUCCUGACAAUAUAAAUAGAACCAUUAUAAGAUCUUGUUGUCGAGAUUCCUGUUUGUCUUCGGAAUUAUUUCUUUUGGUUAUAAGAUCAUGUAGCGAUGCUGAAGAGUUGGAUGCUACACACGAAUUAGUUCAGAAGGAUAUACAGAAAUUGCAUUCAAAAGACAGUGCCGGAGAAUGGGAAUUACAAGAUCGCCAAAAACUAUCAUCCUUGCAAUAUGUGUCUAGAAUCAUUCAAGCCAGGAGAGCCACACUCGGACCUCAAGAAGGUGCUUCAAACAACAGCAGUACAGAAAAAAUAUCUGAGGAAGUAAUGAGAACGUUGAAGUUUUUGAGGGCUGUCGCUGCUUGGAAAUCGAAUGCACAAUAUUUGCUCGAGAUUGAGUUAAAUGAAGCAGACGCGCCGUCCACGUCGAAGGCGGUGCUGGACAACCUGCGCGCGUCGGCGCUGGAGCUGUGCGACGCGCACCUGGCGCCGGCGCGCGCGGCCGUGCUGGGCGCGCCGCCCGCGUGCCACGCCGCCCUCGUGCGCAAGAUCACCACCGACGGGGAGGAGUUCUCCGCCAACCCCGUCGUCUGCUUCGACGACAUGCAGAAGGCGGUGUGCGAUGCCCUGGAGGACGAUCCGUCUUGGCAAGCGGAUUUUAUGUUGGACAGUGACAGAGAUAUUCCAGAAAAAAUUAAUAGUGAUUUCGGUCGAGAGAACAAAUUGGAUAAUCAAAGAUAUGGCGGUGAUUCAGUUCCACCAGCUACGGGAGCGAGACAUAAUCGAUCACGGUCGGAUAUUGUAGGCAGCUUCGCGCAGAGAAUGAUCAACGAGUGUGCGGGUCCGUCGAAUCUAAAGUCGACAAACACAAGCAAUCUUUCAUUAUCGCAUUCGGCAAUAAGUCAAAGUGCAAAAAAUAUGAUGUCGCCGUUGUCCGCUUGUAUUAUUGAAACAGCUCUCGUUCAAGAUAAAGGUAGAACAUUUGGGAUAUACGCGAUUGCAGUUACUCGAGCGUCCGAUAAUGAAGUAUGGCACAUAUACCGACGAUACAGCGACUUUUAUGACUUACACGCUUCUAUAAAAGAGAAGUGGCCGGAACUAGCCCAUCUACCGUUUCCGGCUAAGAAGACGUUUCAGAAUACAUCUCGAAGUGUUCUAGAGAACCGGAAACGUAUGCUUAACAGCUACUUACAGAGUUUAACGAGUAUUUCGAGGGACGCCAGGUAUAUGGCGCUUCUAUCGUCGCAAUAUUUGGGGGGUUUCCUUAGUCCGGAGAUACAGACAGAGAGACAUGGUAAUUCGAUCGAUGCCCUUGUAGUGAAUUCAAUAAAGGCUGGUAUGAGAACUUUAAAGAGUAUGCCUGAUCAAUUUGCUAAUACCGUGGACGGUGUAAUGGAUGGCAUAUCAAAAGUUUUUCAAGGGAAAAGUGGCGAAAACUAUGACGAUUUAAGAUCUGCGAACUCGAAUGAUGUGCAAGAUCAAGAUGGUGAUGAAAGUGUUCCUUUACGAUUGUUGGAAGAAGUUUUGGGUAUCCGGGGUUUGUGGCUGCGACGGCGUCUUCUAGCGCCACUGAGGACUAUCAUUGCGGAUCGAGUUAAUAGGAAAGUUCUAGAAUUUGUAUCAUCAUUGACGUCUCCACGGAACGUGGUUCAGUAUUUGAAAACGUUUAAACAAUGGCUGACUAAUCGAGACAACCCAAGUGCGGUAUCAAGAGAUACCGCUACAAAGGCGAGGACGAGGGUAGCUGCUAAAAUUGCUUUAUUGUCUGCAGCUUCAGAUGAUCUCAGACACAUAGUGGGGACCGACGCUGCUCGGAGAGGUCUCCUUACAGUUUUUGAUAUGUUCCAAACUCAAGAGAUAAAUAAACGACUACUCUUCGUUUUACUUGAAGUGACAUUAUGCAAUUUGUUUCCGGACAACAAUGUACAGGAGAUGUUCAAGAAAUUAUACUCGCACUCACCCCGAGUGGCGAUAGUGAAGAAAUCUGUUAAUACAUAACAUAUAAUAUAUUAUUAAUAAUUUAGAUAAUUGUCAAUUCAUUAAAAAAUUUGAUCAAUUUUACAAGUCAAAUGUGUUCUGGUAGGUACUUACCUGUGUAGUAUUAUUUUUAUAAGUUUAUUAUAACAGCAUGAAGAUAUCCUUAAAGGAUUGUCAUAUAUAUGUGGAAAAUAUAGACACGCAAUUUUAAAGCUUAACGCUUUUGAAACAGAGCAUAUGUUAGCUUGGUAAAUUAUAUAAUAUGAACAUUUUGAUUUUUAGGUAGUUCAAUAUUGAAAUACUAGUUGUGAUAUUUUGUACCUAAAUAGAUUUUUUAUAUAUCUUGUGUGCUAUAUCAUUAAUUAAUUCACAGUCCAGUUUAUCUCGAGUGGGUGCCACGCCCACAUGACUUUGGUUUGUGAAACGAGCGAAUCAUCAAAGCCAAAAAUCGUGUCGUAUUUUUAAAAUGUUGGCAUUGUUGAAAAAUUAAAGCAAUUUAUAUUAUAAUACUUUUGGCUGCUAAUAAUUUACUAAUGAUAUUCGGUAAUUAAAUUAUAUAUUUACUCAAUUAAUAUUGGAUUAAAUUAAGAUGGCGAUGAAAUUGUUAUAUGCCAUUAAUUGUAAAGGAAAGACACUAGUAAACAAUAUUCUUUCAAGUUUUAUUUAUGUUUAAAAAGUCUUUUUAUUUUUAAUUUAUAUGUUAAAUUAAUCUAAUUCAAUUAAUAAACGAUACUGGUUAAUUAUCUGUGGACAAGACUUCAUAUAAAUUUUCUCAAAAAAGAGGUCUGGUUAUUUUUCAGUACAGUAUACUAAAAUAUAUAAAUAUAUAUAUGGAAAAAUUAAAUCUGAUAUAUUGAAGUAAAAAAAGCAAUAACAAGUAUUUUUGUACGAGUGCCAUUAAUGAUUAAAAAUUAAGUUUUUAAUUAUAUUUGGUUGCAGACAAAUAUUUGAUAUUUAUUAAAAUUAGUACAGUGAUAAAUGGUAUUCUUGUUUCUUUGAUACACAAUUUAGUGUAUUUUUUUAUACAGUAUUGCCAGCGUAUUUAAAAAUUUGGCAGUAUAAGUUAAAAAGUCACUUUAUUAGAGAUUUUUGUUUCGAAUUUAAAACGAUUUAACAGUUUAGUUUUCAUUGAUAAUAAGAAAUUUUGUAAUCUUUCUACAGGUUGUAUUUAUUAGGAGUUAUUCUUUACUCAGAAUUUACUUAGGUUUAAUAUUGUAAAAUUAGAAAUUCUAAAGGGUUUCAAUAGAAUAUAAAUAUCCGUUGUUAACUAAAAUAGUAGAUAAUUUAUUACAUUCCAAUUGAGAUUGACGAUAUUUAUU